GGUACACAGUGGCCUGAGAGAGCGGCGGGUGGGCGGCGGCGGGGCCAUGAACCUGGGAGAUGGUUUGAAGCUUGAAACUGAAUUGUUGGAUGGAAAAACCAAGCUAAUACUGUCUCCAUAUGAGCAUAAAUCAAAAGUUUCUGUGAAGAUGGGAAAUAAGAUCAAGAUUGCAAAAUGUCCUUUAAGAAUAAAACAGACUGGACACAUUCUAAAAUCACAGAAUUCUUACACUGGGAGCGAAAACAUUUCUCAAAAGAAGAUAAUUAGUUCAGAAACUUCACAGGCAAAACCAGAGAAAAUUAGAUUGCCAUUUUCACCCUCUAAGGAUUUAUGUCAGCAGUAUGCAGAAAAAGACUGUCAUCAUUUCCCAAGAGAGUCUUCACCUGCAACCUCUGAUAUACAGAAGACUGUAAACACGGCAGAUAAAUGCCUAGUGGCUAAACAGAAGCCUUGCAAAACACACCCCACUGAGACCAUGGACAGCAGCAUGGUGUGUCUAACCCAAGACCAACUGCAGCAGAUUUUGAUGAGUGUCAACCAAGGGAAUGGAUCUGUGUCCCUAACUGGAAAUGGAAAGGAGGAGGAAGCAAGUCAAGAUAGUUUACAUUUAAUCAAUAUUCCUAGCCAGCCAAAGGAUGUGAAUGUUACAGGAUUACUGCAGAAAACAGAGGCUGUUUCACCUGUCUCAGAUGCAAAUAAGCAUGUCUUCAGUAGAACUCAAGAGGCAUUUCAACAAUGUGAGCAGAAAAUCGCCAUAGAGAAUGAGUGGAAGCCUGCAGACAUAUUCAGUACUCUGGGGGAACGGGAGCGUGAUAGAAAUUUGUUGGAAGCAAGAAGAGCCCAGUGGAAGAAAGAGCUAGAUGAACAGGUUGCUUUAAAGAAGAAAGAAAAAGAAGCUUCUCAAAAAUGGAAUGAUCCUUGGAAAAAAUCUGAAAUUGUAUAUGAGAAAACUCAAAUCCUUGACCAAUCUAAGGAAGCAGGACUAUUGGAGCGUCCCAGCAGCACUGUCAGCCAGGAGCAGCAGAGAAAGUGGAUAGAAGAACUGAGUAAACAAGUAGAAGCCGACCAGCAAAGGAGAACAGAGGAGAAAAUGACACAUUCAAAGGGUGAGGACCAUGACAGAUGGGCAGUGCAUUUUGAUUCGUUCAAGAGUCUUCCUGGGUCUCAGUCUCGGCUGUCCUGUCAGUUACCACACCAGCACCCGGAGUCCUUUUGUGUCUCUCCUGACACUCAGGAGCUGGCUGAUGUCAACAGUGUUUACACACCUCCCCCUGCCAUCCGGGUGGAACUUUCAGAGGAACAACAGCAAGCCAAACCUGUUCCAGAUAUGGCUGUGUCAUACGGUCAGAAAACAAACUUUCUCCGUUCUAUGACUGCACUCCUGGACCCAGCACAGAUUGAGGAGCGGGAAAGACGUCGGCACAAACAAUUAGAACAUCAGAAAGCAAUCAUGGCUCAAGUAGAAGAGAACCGCAGGAAGAAGCGGCUGGAAGAAGAACAGAGGAAGAAGGAAGAGCAGGAAGAGGAGCAGCGCUUGGCUCGGGAACGGGAGGAGAUGCAAAGGCAAUAUGAAGAGGACAUUCUUAAGCAGAGACAGAAGGAAGAAAUCAUGACUCUAAAGACAAAUGAGCUAUUCCACACAAUGCAGCGAGCUCAGGAGUUGGCACAGAGACUGAAACAGGAGCAGAGGAUCCGAGAACUGACUCAGAAAGGACAUGAUGCAUCCAGGCUGAUUAAAAAUCUUGGCGCACAAGUGGAUUACAAGGUCUCCACUAAUGUUUCCAGUUCAAGAAGGGAUGCUCAGGAGGCUGCUGACGAAGCUUGCACAGUCUCUCCCAAGAAGGACACCGGAGUGCAGACAGAUGACUUAAAUUUAGCAAUUUUCAGCGAUGCACUACCACACUGUGGAUCAUUAACAGAGAAGGGCACUAGAAACUUUUCUUCUCCAGAGAUUUCUGCAGAAUUUAAUGGACAGAUUAGCACUAAAAAAGAGAAGCAAGAACUGAGCAUGGAUAAAGGCACUAAUUUAGACAAAGAAAACAGCUGGUAUAAUGGCCAGUGUAAUCAUUAUAGAAGAACAGAGAAACAAACAAAACUUAUGAAGAAAUGUCCCAAAAAGCCUGCUUGGAAUAUAAAUAAGCCUCUCAAAAGUUAUGUUCCUGCAUCAGCAAAGUAUCCUGUGCAUCUCCAGAAGGAAAAAGAAGGAAAAAAGGUAAGAAGGCAGAUGGAACUGCUUCACUUACUAGAAAGGAACGACCCUGAGAACCUCUCCCAAAACAGAGGCACUUCACCACAAGUUCUUACUUCAUCCCAUCGAGAAACUGAGUCAGAGAUCAGGUUGCAUCUACUCAAAAAGGUAGAAGAACCUCUGAAGACUCCUUCAGUUAUGAAAGAAAGGUUUCAGUCAUCACCAGCAGUAAAGAAUAGAACUCAACAAACUCAGACUAAUUCAUUAUACUUACCACUAAAAAAUAAUGACUAUGAAAAAGAGAAUCUGACCUUAGGAGAUGGUCAAACUAAAUCAUCAGAUGAGCUGUCUGAGACAUCUCAUUUCAUUCCCUACGUUCGAACAAAUGAGAUCUAUUAUCUUGAUCCAGAUGCACCCUUGUCGAGGCCUUCAACCCAGGACAACCAAUACCAAAAAUCACAUGAUUAUGGCCAACAAGAGCCAUUUGACUCCGACCAUACCAAGGACCCACUUCUUAAUCCUAGAUUGGUGAAAAACAGGGAUCGACAGCAAGCUAUCCUUAAGGGGCUUUCAGAAUUAAGACAGGGUCUUCUCCAGAAACAAAAGGAGUUGGAAACGAAUCUCAUGCCCUUAACUGCAAACCAAGAAGAUAAUUUUAGCUCUUCGUUUUAAAUGUGCUCACCACUCAACUGCAUUAUUCCAGCACCCAAUGAAAAACUUCACAUUAUCUAGUGAAAUGCUGUAUUUUUUAAAUAUAAUAAAACAGUUUAUAGUUAAAAAAAAAUGAUCUCUGUCAUACUAGGGUGUAAAAGUACUUUCUACUUACCAUAAUAGAGUCUGGAGAUCCCUGACCUGUUAACAUUGUUGCUUGUUCUGUAAGAGGUUCUUUUAGGGCAUGAGAAGUACUAGUAACACACUGAGCUAGACUCUUACUGAAAUAACUCAAAUUCAUUUUAGAAUCCUGUGGUUUUUCUUUUCUGUAAAUUUUGUUUCCAUUGCAUUAAAGGUAGAGAUGCCCCAGUUUUUACAAUAUUGAAGUUAGCAUUAUCUCAUCUCCACCAUACAGUCUUUCUAUAUAGAUUUAGUAUAGCACUAAAGUGCCUAACUAGUUCUAAUUAAGACCACCUCAAAGAUCUGUUCCAAUUAUCCGAUGCCAUUGAAAACAGAAGGCCCAUUUUUAAACGUUCAUUUGAUUGACUAUAGGAUCACACGAAACAGUAUUUAUCAAGGAUCUCAAAGACUGACUAAAAUUUAAGUGAAGCUAAAUUUCUACACAGCUAAACCUAAAGAUUGAGAAAAUGCUACUUGGUAUUAUAGACAUAGGUUUACUACCUAAAAUGCAACUGCACUGUUAGGUAUAGCUUGAGGUACUGAGCCAAAAAUCCUAUAAAUAUUGACACUGCUGGCUUAUACCUGUGUAAAAACACUAUACAAAAGCUUUAAUCAAAAUAAAUAGACAUUUCAGCAAAGUUAGUUAUCUGACAUUAAAGAAAGUCAUUACUAUUUACCAUUCUUUUAUAAACAUCAAAUUUUACAUAUAAAACAGACUUCAAUUUGAAGCCCAAGUACAGGUAACAAAUGUAAAACUGAAAGGUGCCAACAUGAGAUAAUCUGAUUACAGUAUGUCCAAAAAAUAUAUUUAUUUCAAUUUUCAGGUGCUUCAAAUGUUACAGGCCAUCAUGAUUUAAGUACGUGGGAAAGAAAAAAACAUUUCAUAAAGGUUAGGAAAUUUGUUUUUAAAUCAUCAAUUCACACUUUUAAGAAACUGUAAAAAGUCCACAACAACUUUUUUUUUUUCUGGUAGUGGUGGUGGGGAGGUUUUUACUGUAAUUUAUCUUUGGACACAUCCUUAACUUACUGGAGAUUUCUCUCUAUCCAAGUUUUUGUAAGCAGAUAAAAAGUAAUUUUCAUUUUCUUGAGACUGAGUUGAUGAAAGGGCAUAUGGUGUCCCCAGAAACGUCUGAUGAGUGAGAACAUUAAAAUGACUAAACUGAUGGGACAUUUUUAAUUGAUUUUGAUAAGCCUGACCGUUGCUAUAUGAAUCUUGUUCGGCUGAAUUGCUGUUCUCUCCUUCAGAGCAUACUCUAUCAAUAGGAGCUCUCUCUUCACAAUCAAUUUGGUAAGUCUUAUCUUCUAAUAAACUUUUUUGCACGUCAAGAGAUGACUGCAAUUCAAUUUCAAUAUUCUGUUUUUGAUCUGUUCCACUUGAUCCUUUGGUUUCUCUCGCCAAUAUUUCUGAAUGAAAACUGCUGAAUACUUCUAUAUGUGAGAUUUCAUCCCCUGAAUCCAGAGACAUAUCCUCUUCAUCCUUUUCACCGUUUUCUAAAAGAGCUACAUUUAAAAAACAAAAAGCCCUCCUCUAUUGAAAUACACAAUUUGUAUAGUUUGUAAAAUUUACACUACUCACACAACAUAGUGCGUCAGGAUCUGCAAAGUCCACAAUCCCUUAAAGCUUGGUCUUCUGCCACAAGUUCACUUAGUCACAACACUCACACUAGGUGUGAGUGUCCAGAUAAUCCGAUGCUAAAAGCUUCUGCGAAAUGUGUUCACGUUUAAUGGUGGGAAACCCCAACUCCCAGCUCCAAAGGGGUUAAUGUCAAAACAGCAUCUAAAGUUAUACGGUAAUUCAGUAUUUCAUAAGACAAAUAUAAAAUAAAACUUCUGACAUGUAGCUUCACUGAAUUUCUAAACUGGUUAGCUCUGCUGAAUGCUCAGUCAUCUCUGCUUUUCACCAAAAAUAAUUAAAGAACAGCUUUUAUUUUAAAGUCUGGAACCAAGCAGAGGCCAUAUCACAGAAGACUGAAGGUAAGAUACCCUCACUACCUGUAAUUAAAUUAACACAUAUAUCUGAAGACCUUCUGUAGCCCAACAAUCCCUCUAUCUGCCUGCCUUAAUAAAAACUAACAGCUUACAUACACUCAUAGGGAAAAUUAAUCCUCUAAGUAUGUGCCGUCCACAGAAUAGACGAGUGAAUUACAUAGUCUAUAUACUAACAACUUGUACUGACUACAAUAAAUGAGCAGAUCUUGUAUAUUAUACUAAGUCCUACAGUGAUGUCUAUUAUUGACACUGAGUAAAUGGUGUCAAUAAACAUUUCACUAUUGGAUAAACAAAACCAUUCCUCAUUCUACCUCACCUAAAGAAAACAAAAACUACUAAAAAGUUACCUGACUGUGACUCAAGAUUCUCAAUAGCACCAAGCAGCGGAAGACUUUCUUCUGUGACUGAGUUAUGAUAUCCCACAAGACUUUUAAAGUUUUGCAUAAAGUCUUCAGCAGUUGCAACUAUAAUUCCAUUAUCUGUAUAACUGGAAACCAUCUUGAUAGUCUUCUCUAAAUUAAAAAAAGAAAAUGUACAUAAACUGAUACCUGCUGUCAACAAAAUGCUUCCCAUCAUAUAGUCAGAAUUAUAAUUUAACACCUACUCCAGCCCCCUGAAAUUAUUUCACUAACUCUUCUAUCAGCAAGAGCAUGUUCCUACCUGUUAGAAAGACUAUGUGUCGCUGUUGUAUGUUCUGAGCCUGAAGCCUGAUAAGGCAGUCCAUUUCUGGAGCAUUUCGAGUUUGUGAAUCACAAUUGUGAUAGGACAAAAUCUCAACCAGAUGUUUCUUCUGAUAUACAUUUAGAAGAGACAGCAGACUCAGAGCUUUAGUAUUCAAUCUGUAAGAUUAAGCAGAGUUCAGUACCUAGAUAUUGGCAUUUUAAAAUUCGCUAUGGGAAAUUCUGCUUCAGUUAAUUAAAAGUACUUCUCAACUGAGGAAACUAAUAACCACGACAAGCUGUUGACCUUACUGUUUGAUAUAAGAAUGCUGGUUUAAGAAGGAAGGAAAAAAGAACUGUGCAUCUGACAAGCAUUUUUUUUUGGGGGGGGGGGGGCUCUUUAAUGCAGUUAGACUAAAACCUGAACCAGUCAUUCUAUUAAAUUAUUCUUAGUUUUAUUAAUUUUAAAUGUUAAGGACAUUAAAGAACAAAAAAGUUGGGCACAGUGGCAUGUCUAUAAUAGCAGCAUUUCAGGAGGUGGAUAGCCCAGGCUACCUUGUCUCAUAGACAAAUAGAGUAUAAUUCUUCCUAACAUGCAGCUUUUAAGCUAUUUAUAAUACUUCAAGGUAAAAACUGGAGAUACACCUUUGGAUACACUACAUAUGAACUUAAGACUUGCCCUUUGUCUAUUUCACAGGCUGUGAAAAUGAGUAAGACUAAAUAAAAAAGUUCAGUAUUUGCCACGUGUGUGUUACAACUUUUUAAAUUACAGCAUUCAAGAUGCUAAGGAAAGACGACUGAGUUUGAAGCCAUUCUGAAUUAUAUAAUGAGACUGUCUCAAAACAUUUUAACUACUGUACAUAGCCAAACACUGUAAUUAUUUAACCUUGAAUUUUCUGAAGACUGUCAGAGAAUGUUAAUAGGUGUUACAGUAAUCCAAAGACCUAGAACUUGUUUUGGUGGUGUCUGCGUAUAAUCCCAAUACUUUGGAGGCAGAGGCAAAAGGACUGUCCAUGAGUUUAAGGCCAGCCUGGUCUACAAAGUGAACAGCAGGCUAACUGGAGUUAACGUACAGCAAAAGGCCUAGCUUAAAUCAAAGAGGGUAAAAUUAACUUAUAAAAAUUGGGGACUGGGAAAAAAAAGGCUUGCAGACAGGAGGACCUGAUUCAUAACCCCAGAACCCACACAGCUGGAUGUAUCUAUCUACCAUCCCAGCAUGCAGAACAAAGACUGGCAGUUCAUGAGAGCUCCCUGGCAAAGUGUAGUUGUUAUGGUAAUACAUCUAUUAAGGUGGAGAGAAAGAAAGAUAAAUGACAUCCUGCUUUGGCUUCUGAAUGCACAGGUGAGUAUACUCCAACAUGCACAUGGCUCCACACACAAAAUUCUAUGAAUUACAUUUAGGAAAUUCUAGCUGAUGAAAAUCCUCUAAUGUGUAAUUAAUUACAUUAUAAAGAUACUCUACUAACAAGACACAGCACCUCAAAUUUACCAUACUGUUCAUGGAACUUUUCAAGUAACUAGUACUCCAAGGAAGUAAUUUCCAGACAUGCUAGAAACCACAUGAACAUCCAUAUUAUAAAUCAGUGUUCUAAUUGAACCCUGUCAGAAUGAGAUCAACCUUUGAUGAUUAGUUACCUGAAGUACUUAACUUGGGACAGCGUUUGACUUAGACUGCAAAUAUAGAUGAGUUGUUUGGUGCCUGUCUUGGAUCUUGCUCUACCUUCUGAAUGCU